AUGAGGCUGCUCGGCGUCUUCAUCGCUUCGGCGGCCACCCUCACCUGCGCCGCACCAACCCGUCAGUUCGACUGGUUCUUCCCAGGCUGGAACGAGUACAUCCAAGAAAUCCUUGCCGACUCGUGCGGCGCCGAGCUCGCCGCCUAUCGGACAGGCAAUAUCAACACCACCAUCGCUCUCAGCUCUCUCGCCACGCCCGUCGUCGACUGCAUCCUCGACGAGUACCCCGAGUUCCUCAAGACCGAGCUCAGCGCCAGCGCCGUCGUGCUCGGCUCGCUACCCAUCAUCCUACAGAGCCUAGGCAGCACGACCGCCGAGACGGCCCUCAUCGGGCUACGCAGGCCCGGGCUGGCGUUCCUUCUCGCAGCCGGGAGCCCGACCGUUGCGGCGAACACAGCCGGCGAGUUUGUCGAGACGUUGAGUAAGUUUGUCGUGACGGACGGGGAGGACGUCGCCGCGAGCUUUAAUUUGCCGGGCGUGGACUGGAGUGUGGUCCCGCCGCUUAUGCAGCUGCUCAUCAGCUUUGCCGAGUACCUGAUCGUCGGAGGGGCCGUGGCCAAUGUUAUUCACAUGGCCUACCGGCUCGGCGUCCACGCCAUUGUUGGCUUUACCCCGGACACCAUCUUCAUGGUGCCACUAUGGACGCUGCUCGCCGUACUCAUCCACUUGGCCGGAGUCCUCGGGCUAGCUCUACGCGUCAAGGCUAUGGAGGCGAAAUCAGGUGGCGACGACAACAACAACAACGACAACAACAACAACAGCAACAACAACAACAGCAACAACAACAACAGCAACAACAACAACAACAACACCUGGAGGCUCCCCAGCGAGCUCAUCCCUUCCGCCGCCGUCAUACACACCAUCCUUGGUACCCUGGUUCUGUCAAUCUUGCUGUUCUUCAGCGUCACAGAUUCGGUUAUCAUCGUGGCGAGAUAUAUGGCCAGCGCCGUGGUCUGCCGGGCGGUGGCGCGGCUCGAGCUGUCGGGCCUGCGGGCAGCGACCAAGAGGACAUGUUCCACGGAGGGAGGCACGGGGGCAGGAAGGCGAGGUCAUGCUGGCUUCGUACUUGAAGUAGAGGGCGACCAUCUUCGCCGACGGCUUCACGAUUGA